GGAGCUCAAUUUUUUAUAAGAUGAGAAAUUAAAAAUCUUAAUAUUAUAGAUUUGUAUAUCGUCCAAUAAAAAUCUCCCAUUUUCUGCAGAUUUCUCACUCACCGCCUCCAAAAUCUGAAGAUCAUUUCCAAGGUCGCCCUCUCUCUCUCUCUCUCUCUCUCUCUCUCUCUCUCUCUCGUUUUAUUGAUUUAUUAUCAUCUAUUGGAGCCCAUUUUCGAAAAAUACAUUCCGAAACCCUAGCUCCAGUUUCUUCUCACAGCAUUUACAUUUUCAAACUCUUUGAAUAUUAUUGCUAUUUUGUUGAUUUAAUUGUUAAAUGUCCAAAUUGCUCUUGAAUUCUACGAAAUUCAGCUAUGCUAUCUCGGUUUGAUCACUGAGGCAUGAUCGUGUUCAACGAACCAUUAUUUAUGGGUUUGGUUCUUAAAUUUCUUUAGUUUUUGUAAUUUUGGGGUUUUGAGUAUUUGAAUUUUCUUAGUCUGGUAUGAUUAAUGGAGAUGAGACUAGCGAGAACUCAAGAGAAGUUACCUCCCCGGAUCCAUCUUGCGAGUUUUCGCCCAAGUCGGGAAACAGUGAUGCAUCCCCUGCUCAAUCUCACUAUUCAUCUUGCGGAGAGUCGGAGUACGACAGGUACUGCAGCGCGAACUCAGCCAUGGGUACGCCAAGCUUGUGUAGCUCACUCGGAACUUUCCAUGAGUGCCUUGAUUCUGAAUUUGGGUCUCUGAAAAGUUUUGGGCUUGGAGAUGCUAGUGGUUUGGAAAACUUUAGCUUGGGAGGGAGGUUCGUUAGAAGUCACGAUGACCAGGUACUGCCAUCUUCUGGUGGAUUUGAUUGUUUGGAUGAUCGUAGACUUGAACUUUGUAAAGGAAAUAUUGAUGAUCACGAUCCUGGAACUUCCAUAGAACUAGGCGAUGGUUCGUUGAAGAUAAGAAAUGGGUCAAAUUUUUAUGGUUACGACGAUAAUUCUUUCUUGCCCACUACCACUCUUGCAACAAGAGGUGAUACUACAUUGUUAAAUGCUGGUAAUGGAUCUAAGUUACGAAGGCUUGGGGACGUAAGUAUUCACUUAGACUAUGAUGUCUGUGGUGAAGACGGUAAUGGAGAUUUUUUAUCGUGGAGAGAACAUGGUGAGACCGGGGUGUCACAAAGUGCUGCUGAAAAUGUAUCCCAUGAAGCGAUCAUGGAUAAAAGAAUUGUUGAGGGUAAUUCUUGUAAUUCCCAGUUUUCAUCAGUGGUUGAAGAAGGUUCACCGGAUUACAUGGUUGCUGCACAGGUAGACAGUGAUUUUGAUAGGUUAAAUUCAGAAACUAAUUUUCAAUUUGAUGUAAGGGAUACAGAAAGGUUAUCUGCAGAAGAUGAAACAUCGGCGAGGUGUGAACAUUCAGAAGAUGAGGAUUCAAUGUACAAUUAUGGUGCAGAUGAUGGGUAUAAAUUUGAUUCGUGUUCUGGAGAGAACAAACAUUGUCACCAGGAUGUGAAAACUGAGAAUAGAAACCCAUUGGUUAUGAACUCAUCUAUAGCUUAUGGUUCAGAAGAUUGGGAAGAUUUUAUGCAAGAAACAAUGGAAACUGCUGUCUUAAACAAUUUUCAGGAGCAGAGGCAAGAGAAGAUUGAAACUAAAAGAACCCUUCAGAAGUCUACUUCUGUGACCUCGAGUGGCUGUUCAAGUUUUGGUGGGCUGGAGCAAAGAGAAGAUGCUGGAGAUAUUCCUCUAGUCCAUAAUCAAACAUGGGGUGCUAAUGAAUCAGAGAAAUUUGAUAUGACUUAUUCUGUGACAAUGACUGGGGUUCCAGAUUUCAGUGAACUGGAGCAAGGAAAUGUUCCUAGAGCGACCGACCAACUUGGAGGUACUGAUGAUGCUGCAGAGUAUCUUGAAAGCUGUACCAUCCGCAACAUUUUUGAAGCUGAGCAGGAAUCCCUGAAGCAGAAAUCUUCUUUGGAGGUAGAUUUGAAUAUUGUGAACGGUGAACAUAAAAACAUAAAUGCCGAGAAAGUCAGUAGCAUUGAUCACAGUCAAUUAUCAGAAAAUCAAGUGUUGGGGAAAUCAACAUCACAGUUAGAUCCCCUUUCCAAUAUUACUAUCAGUCAAGUUCUCCUGUCAACUGAUGUACCUGGAAACAAUGAGGCAGAACUCUUUAAAGGUGAUGAACCAAAUUUGGCCCGGCCAACAUUUGAAAAUAAUAUAGGGAAAGCAUCAAAGAAUUCUUCUAAAUCAGUUGAUUUCCAUGAAGAGCAGCCUGUACCGACAGAGAAUCUGGAGUUUAAUCAAUUCUAUGAUGAGGUUGUCCAUGAAAUGGAAGAAAUUUUACUCGACUCUGGCGAGUCACCUGGGUCUAGGUUCCGUCAAGGUAAAAUAAUGUUUCGAUCCCACCUAUCUCUGCCUUCAAGGGAUGGUGGGGCAACUGCUUCCACUUCUGGCAUGGAUGAUGCCUAUUCACAAAUUCAGCACCUGUCAAGAAUUGAUGGUGUUGAAGUAGUAGGUGCAAAGCAGAAGAGGGGAGAUGUUUCACUCGGUGAAAGACUGGUUGGAGUAAAGGAAUACACGGUGUAUAAGCUAAGAGUGUGGAGGGGCAAGGAUCACUGGGAGGUUGAACGCCGAUACCGUGAUUUUUGUACUCUUUAUCGUCAAUUAAAGUCAUUUUAUGCAGAUCAGGACUGGAUUCUUCCUUCUCCAUGGUCCUCUGUCGAACGGGAAUCCAGAAAGAUAUUUGGAAGUGCUUCUCCAGAUGUUAUUGCAAAUAGAAGUGCUCUAAUUCAAGAGUGUUUACAAUCUAUUCUCCACUCCAGGUUCUCAUCCAGCCUACCUGGUCCUUUGAUUUGGUUUGUAUCCCCCCAAAAUUCCAUUCCUAGUUCUCCCGCAUCAAGUACUUCGCCGGUGCCUUGGUUUAAUCUUUUUUCCAGAGGCAUGGAUGAGGAGACUGUCACCUCUUUUGGGAAGACCAUAUCACUUAUAGUUGAAAACCGACCUAACAAGUCUAUGAAACAGACGCUAGAAGAACAACAGUAUGCUUGUGCUGGAUGCCACAAAUAUUUUGAUGAUGGAAAAACCCGGAUACGGGAAUUUGUACAGACAUUUGGAUGGGGCAAGCCUCGACUUUGCGAAUACACUGGUCAGUUGUUUUGUUCUUCAUGCCAUACCAAUGAUAGUGCAGUUUUGCCAGCCAGAGUUUUGCAUCACUGGGAUUUUACUCAAUAUCCGGUUUCUCAAUUGGCUAAAUCAUAUCUGGAUUCUAUACAUGAUAAGCCCAUGCUUUGUGUCAGUGCUGUAAAUCCUCUCCUAUUCUCAAAGGUCCCAGCCCUGCUUCAUGUUAUGGGUGUUAGGAAAAAAAUAGGAGCCAUGCUUCCAUAUGUUCGCUGCCCAUUUCGGAGGUCUAUCAACAAGGGACUUGCAUCUCGAAGAUACCUUCUUGAAAGCAAUGAUUUCUUUGCACUUAGGGACCUCGUUGAUCUUUCCAAAGGGGCAUUUGCAGCUCUCCCAGUCAUGGUUGAAACUGUAUCAAGGAAAAUAUCAGAGCAUAUCAUUGAGCAAUGCCUUAUAUGCUGUGAUGUCGGUGUCCCUUGUGGUGCUCGACAGGCUUGUGAUGAUCCAUCUGCACUCAUUUUUCCUUUCCAGGAAGGUGAGGUUGACAAGUGCAGAUCUUGUGAUUUGGUUUUCCAUAAGCAUUGCUUCAAAAAGCUCACAAGCUGCCCCUGUGGGGUGCAUCUCAAUGUGGGAGAGGGCAUGGGGAGAUCUAAAAAUGAAGUAGCCCCAAAGGCUGGCAGUGAUUUGGGAGGAACUUUGAGCCUGUUAGAGAAGAAACUGGACUCCAAAUCACCAGUAGGGUUCCUCUCUGGAUUGUUCUCCCAGGCAAGGCAGGAAAAGAUUGGGAGUUCCAAGGACAGCGACACUGUCAUCUUGAUGGGCUCUUUGCCAACCACUUCUUUCUGAUUGUAAUUCUAAUGUACUGUUGUAUUUUAUCUCUGAAACCAGAAAAAGGAAAAAAAGGGUAAAGUGAAUAAAUUUGUUUCACCUUUCAGUUUGCUGUAAAGGAAUUUGAGCCAGUUAAUGUUGUAAAAAAUUUUCGUUUGUUAAUCUAUACAUAUGUUUUUUGGUUAAUCAA